GCACGCUGGAUCCCUCGUGCCAUCGAUAUGUUUUGUAGCUUAACUGAUACAUUCCGUAUUGCGAUGCUAAUGGAAGAGGAAGAGGCUUCUAAGGUGUCGGGUCACUCAGAAGAUGAAGAUGUCAAGGCGCAGCGAGACCAAGUCCUGGGUAAAGAUGCCCAAGAACGACACAUGAGAAAUUACUCAAAGAUCUUACUUGGAGCCCCAUACUUGCGCAAACUUGCGCAUGGAAACGUCAAACAACAGACGGAGCUGCACGCUAUCCUUACUGAGAAGAUGCAAGUCAUUAUGGGUCAGGCACGCUCUGACAACGCUAGCCACCUUAAGAAUUGUGUAGCGCAGUAUGCAGCCCCAGACCCUUCAGACAAGGGGCUGGAACCUCCGAUUUACGCUGACAACAAAUCCCGCGCAUUACUUGGUGUGAACCACCCUCAACUCGCUGCAAUGCUGUGCCCUAUCAAGCAUGCAAAAGCAUAUCAUGAGGACCCUAAAAAGUACAAUGGGGUUAUCAGGAUUCACUCCGCUGCAUGGCCUGCAUUUAUAUAUGAAGGUACUCCGCCAGGAAAAGACUUCGACCCAGACAAUGUUCAGGAGGGAUUUUCAAAGGGCUAUUAUUUGAAACGGGUUUUUCAUCACAUAUUUACAUCUCCAUCAUCUGCGCUC